AAGGGUGGGAGGAGAAGGCGUCACUUCCGGGGGCCCUAGCCAGUGUCUUGUGGCUCCCUGCUCUCUGAUUGGACAGAAGUGGCCCAGGCAGGCGUGUGACCCCACUGCUGGGAAGGGGCUAUGCCCCAACGCCACAUACUAACCUACCCAUCUGCUCCCCAGAGUGCUGCCUGCUCUGCACCUGGGUCCUGGAGCCCUUCUCCACCUGGAUAGAUUCCAGACCCUCUUCCUCGGCCCACCUGUGCCGUGCCCCACCCCACUCUGCCCAGAAGUGCAAGAGCCCAAGCCGCCUCCAUGGCCCCAGGAAGGAUUCAGGGGAGAGGCCCCAUACAGGGAGCCACUCCAACCAGACAGCCUGGCCAGAAUGGAGCUGACUGAACUGCUCCUCGUGGCCAUGCUUCUCCUAACUGCAAGACUAACUCGGUCCAGCCCAGCUCCUCCUGCCUGUGACCCCCGACUCUUAAAUAAACUGCUACGCAACUCUCAUGUCCUUCACGGCAAACUGAGCCAGUGCCCAGACAUUAACCCUUUGUCCACACCUGUCGUGCUGCCUGCUGUAGACUUUAGCUUGGGAGAAUGGAAAACCCAGAUGGAGCAGGCCAAGGCUCAGGAUGUUCUGGGAGCAACAACCCUUCUCCUGGAGGGAGUGAUGGCUGCACGGGGACAACUGGGACCCACUUGUCUCUCAUCCCUACUGGGACAGCUUUCUGGACAAGUCCGCCUCCUCCUUGGGGCCCUGCAGGGCCUCCUUGGAACCCAGCUUCCUCCACAGGGCAGGACCACAGCUCACAAAGAUCCCAAUGCCAUCUUCCUGAGCUUCCAACAACUGCUCCGAGGAAAGGUGCGUUUCCUGCUGCAUGUAGUAGGACCCACCCUCUGUGCCAAGCGGGCCCUACCCACCACAGCUGUCCCACGCAGUACCUCUCUAUUCCUCACACUGAACAAGCUUCCAAACAGGACUUCUGGAUUGUUGGAGACAAACUCCAGUGUCCCAGCCAAAACUACUGGCUCUGGACUUCUGAAGAGGCUGCAGGGAUUCAGAGCCAAGAUUACUGGUCUGCUGAACCAAACCUCCAGGUUCCUAGACCAAAUCCCUGGACACCUGAACAGGACACACGGACCUUUGAAUGGAACUCAUGGACUUUUUCCUGGACCCUCACCCAGAGCCCUGAAUCUUCCUCCAGGAACUUCGGACACGGGCUCCCUGCCACCCAACCUCCAGCCUGGAUAUCUUCCUUCCCUACCCCACCCUCCCAAUGGACAACAUACACUCUUCUCUCUUUCACCUACCUUGCCCACCCCCACAGUCCAGCUCCAACUCCCGCUUCCUGACCCCUCUGCUAUCAUGCCCAGCCCUACCAGUCCUCUUUUAAUUGCAGCCCACCCUCACUUCCAGAAUGUCUCAGGAAGAGUAAGGUACUCAGGCACUGCCAACAGCAGUGUCUCUCACAUGUAAUUCUCUUACCCAGAGGAGAGCCCCUGGAAGACAACUGCAGCUACACCAGAUUUCCUGCUUUCAUCUAAAACCCAAAGCCCUUGUAAAGGCGGAUACACAGGACAGAAAAGUCAUUUUUCACUGUUUAAAACAUCAGAAGCUAUUUUUUUAAGCUAUCAAUAAUAUUCACCAGAGCAGCUAGUUAUCGUUGGUCUAUUUUCUGCACAAAUUUACAACUUACAAAUUCUCUAUAUGCUUUUUCAUAUGAUAAUUCCCCAAAAGCCUGGGCCUGGCCUGAACAGAGGUAGAGACUAAUCUGUCAGAAAACAGAAAAAUGAACUUUGGUUUUCUACUCAGAACUGAAGUUAGUCUCUGUACCAUAACUCUUUACUAUCAUUCUCAAUGGGACUCUGAUCUCCUUUUCUUAAGAGAUUCUUACCCUUGAGAAAUGAAUGAGAAGUUGUCUCCCAGAAAGACUGUCCCUACAUGAUAGACAAAACUGAGCCUGAAUAAAUAAAAUGUAAAUGAGUGUACCCAAAA